CUGCGCGCAUGCUGGGCCGGGGGCACCGCCGGGGCUCGCGCCCUGGGCUGCUCGGCCACCGCUGCCCCGGGCGCCCAGCAUGUCGGUGCACUACACUCUGAAUCUGCGCGUCUUCUGGCCGCUGGUGACCGGCCUGUGCACCGCUCUCGUGUGCCUCUACCACGUCCUGCGGGGAAACGGGGGCGUCCCGGCCGAGCCCCCAGACAGCUCAGACGGCGGCUUCCCGCUGCUCAAGGCGGCAGUCCUGCUCCUCCUCGGCUAUGUCCUUCUGCGCUGCCGCCACGCUGUCCGCCAGCGCUUCCUGCCCCAGCCCCCCCGCCUGGGGGGCCACCCCGCCUUGUCCCCGAGGCCCUUCAGAGAGCCCGGCCUUGGCAUCUUGCUGGAGAGUUACUAUGAGCACGAGGUGCGCCUGUCGCCGCACGUGCUGGGCCACAGCAAGGCGCACGUGAGCCGGAUCGUAGGCGAACUGGUGCGGGCUGGCCGUGCCCGGACGUCCCCAGGCCCCAUCCCCGGCGGUGCUCUGGCCUUGGCCUUCCGCGGAGACUUCAUCCAAGUGGGCAGCGCCUACGAGCAACAUAAAAUCCGCCGGCCAGACAGCUUCGAUGUGCUGGUGCCGCUGCGCCUCCCGCCGCUCGUGGCGCUGGAGCCGCGGAGCCUGGGCGCCGAGUCCUCGCUGGCCCCGGCUUUCCGCGGCUGCUUCUUGUGCGCCCUCAAGGCGCCGCCCGCGCCAUCAGGGGCCCCCUCGGGCCACUGGCUCCGGGACUGCAAACCCUUUGCCGAAGGCUUCUGCGUGGACGUGCGUGGGCGGCGUCACCUCUCUGCCACACUGGUUCUGCGCUGGUUUCAGUCGCACCUGCAACGCUCUCUGGCCACUGUGCGCUACAGCCUGGAGGGUCGCUGUCGGGUCAGCCUGACCCCGGGCGGCCUAGAGCAGCCACCCACCCUGCACAUCCUGCCCUGCCGCACUGACUACGGCUGCUGCCGCCUUUCCAUGGCAGUGCGUCUCAUCCCUGCCGUCCAUCUGGGCGACGGCGUGUUCUUAGUGGCACCGUCGCCCUCGCCCGCAGGGCCCCUGUCGGAGCUCCCGGGAGGCCUGCGCUCCGAGGCGCUGUGGGGCGUGAACACAGCACGCCAGGAGCAGAAGCUGCUGAGCUGGCUGCAGGAACUGGCCCCUCCAGGUGCCUGCUACCUCAAGUGCCUGCAGUUGCUAAAGGCCCUACGAGACCUGGGUGCCCGUGGGCUGGACCCAACGGCUGCCACCCAGUGGGGGCGCAUCCUGUCCUCAUACGUGCUCAAGAUGGCACUGCUGGCGGUGCUAUUGCGUGAGGGGGCCCCUGCGCAGGUCUGGGAUGAGGUACACUUAGGCGAGCACUUGGAGGAGGUGGUACAGUUUCUUAGGGACUGCCUGCUGCAACGCCGCACACUCUUCCACUGCGUCCUGGGUCCUGGCGGGGCAGCCGCUGAAGUGGGCCCCCUGCCUAAGGUGCUGCGCGAAGCCGCCCCAGUAGACCUCCUGGCGGCUUUCGACCAGCGCGCCCGGGAACUCGCAGCGGCGCGGUUGCUGUCCACGUGGCGAAGGCUGCCGCAGCUUCUCCGGGCCUACGGCGGUCCCCGCUACCUGGCCAGGUGCCCCCCACCCCGGAGUCAGCGCACCCAGGGAUUCCCUGAAGAUGAACCGUAAUUCGUGACAGCGCCCCCACCUGCCCAAAUGCUCCUAAAGCCUCUCCUGCGGUGUGGGAUGGGGGAGGGCGGUUAAGCCAGUUUAAACCUAGGAAGAUGAGCUGCAGAAGGUGCUGGGAAAUUUGAAAGAUGCUACAAGCUUUGGUGGCUUAAAUGUCACUUGGCUCCACAGUCUAGUAUAGUUAUAGCACCUUGUUCAUGCCCACGUGAAUAUCCGGGGAAAGGUAUGAAAAGACACCCAACUGCAGCAGCUAAGAAUUGGUCCAAAUAUUGUGCCGUGUGGAAUAAGUCUGUUGAAGGGCCCGGCUUUUAGGGGAAGUCCGGUAGAGGAAGCAAGAACUAACUGCAGGGGAAGGUUCCUUAUAUAGGUUCUACAAACAGCUCUCUCCUGCCCCCAAAUUUAAAAGAAGCUAAUGUUUUCGAGGUAGCUACUUGCUAGAUACUUGGUUCCCCCUUGUCUUUAAAAGGAAAAAAAAAAGUCUUAAUUCACAAAUGGAAUUGAAAUUCUCUUGCAGGGGCUGCUGUUCUGAGAACUUAGUUUUCACUAUUUAAUGUAUUUUGCAAGCAGUGCAAUCAUGGGUGUUUGACAGGGUUGUGAAGAAUUAAGUCACACGUGUUGGGAGGCACACAUGAGUUGGUUAGAGAGACUUUCAGAGGAAAUUCCACUUUAUUUUGAUGAAUUUCUUCUUUCUGUGGUGAUUGCUAGUGCCAAGCAUUACAUCUGAAAGGGAGACCAAUCAUGUUUAUGAUUAAGAAAUGGGCAGCCUUGAAAAGCAGCCAGCAGGCUUGCUUACCAUCCCUCCAGGGCACAAUCUAGGACUAUGUACCAGUCAGUCAACCCUGUUUAUUGAGCAUCUACUGUGAGCCAGGCAAGUGCAAAGUGGCAACAAAAUAAAUGUAUAAGACAGUACUGGUGAGGGCUUAAAACAUGUUGAGUUUGGAGAAAGAUGUAUUUCACAUCUUUGCCUUUAGGGUAUCUCACCAGGGAGGGUUUGCUGCUGGUUGGGAAUGGAACCUGUUUUGCAUGGAGAUUACUUUGUGGUUUAAAGAGAUAAUGAAGUGAAAAUGCCUGUUGCAGUGCCUAGCACGUAGUUGGUGCUUUUUCAGUCAAUGUUCAAUGAUGGCUAGUGGUUGAAAUUUUCCUUCUGGCAUCGCCCAAGUAGACUGAAGUGGACUUGGCCAACUUUGAAGAGCUGUUGGUUCUGCACAAGCCUGGCAAAGCAUUUCAUUUAUAGUUUAGAAUAUUGGGCUCUAUGUUUGAAGAGCAGAGGAGAAAUACCGUCGGGAAGACAGGCCUUGAGAGCAUCUACUCUGUUCUUUUUGGGCACAAAUAUCAUCACGCUGGGUAUAUUUUGCAGCCAGCAGGAGCCCACUCUGAAAUCUCUCCUGUACCCCCAAAUUUCUAAUGGCCCUCAAUUUUCAUCAGUCAACUUAAAAGUCAGCUUCAGUUUAGAACGGUCUGUCAUCCCCUUAAGAGCCUGGGUGGCUGCCAACCUAAAGACUGGCAGUUCAAGCCCACCCAGCAGCACCAUGGAAGAAAAGCUUGGUGAACUGCUACCAUGAAGAUUACAGACAAGAAAGCCCUACGGAGCAGUUCUACUGUGUAAACACAUGGAGUCACGAUGAGUCAGAACUAACUUGAGGGCAGUGGGUAUCGUUUUAUCAUCCCCUUGCCUGACUGGAAAAGUGGCUAGCCCCAGUGUUACACUUUGGGGUUUUUUUUUUUU